AUGCAAUUAGGACUCUCCGAGAACCUGACCGCGCUGGUCGCGCGACGGUUCACUGCUGCCAGAGAUGGCGGUCAUCUUAUCUUUUCGUCUACCCAUCUGUCAAUUAUCAGCACAGCAGGGAUCCCAUCACACAUCCAGUUCCAACUCCGCUACUGCCCUGCUCUUGGUAUGAAGCCUCAAGAUCUCAAGCAAGCCGUACCCGCAGGCCCUAAACCUCCAAAAUUUGACCCCUUCGAGAACCCUUCCCCGGAUCUGCUCCUCGCAAGCUUCCCCCCACAAAAUCCAACCCACGCCCUCGUCCUGAACAAAUUCCCCGUGAUACCAAAUCACUUCAUCCUCGCCACAAAAGCCUGGAAAGCACAAACAGAUCUUCUCGAAACCGCCGACCUCGAAGCAACAUACGAAUGCCUCCGCACCUGGGGCGACGGCCCUUCCACUAAUCCCAACACCAGCCGCCUCUUCGCAUUCUUCAACUCCGGCGAAGACAGCGGCGCAAGCCAACCACACCGUCAUCUCCAAUUCCUCCCCGUAGAAGACAUGCACCAACCAGGCACCGAAUCCUGGACUCCCCUUAUCGACCUCCUCACCACACAACCACACACACCCCAAUCCUUCCAAUCCCACCCCUCCCUCCCAUUCACACACUUCGCCCUCCCCAUCCCGAAGAACCCAACCCCGGAAAGCCUCCACGCAAUCUACAUCGCCCUCUACCGCGCCGCCGUCGGCGCAGUGCAGGGCCGAGAACCGCGCGACGGUCUCCCGUCUCUCGCUACGCAUGGACCCUCGGCGAUAAGUUAUAAUCUCGCGAUGACACUCGAGACGAUGAUGAUUGCCCCGCGACGCGCGGAAACGGCCCGUGUGCCGGUUGAUAUUGCUGCGGCGGGGGAUAUUGCGGAUCCCGGUGUUAUUUCGUUGAAUGGGACUAUUCUGGCGGGGACGUUGAUGGUUAAGGCUGAGGCGGAGUGGGAUGUUUUGAGGGCUAAGCCGGAGGUUUUGGGGAGGUUGUUGAGGGAUGUUGGGAUACCUGGGACGGGACAUGCGUUGUUGUAA